UGAAGAAGACUCAAGCCUGGAAAUGUCUGGAGGUGAUCCAGUGGUUUCUUGUACCAGUGGCAGCUGUGAUGGCGAGCAGGAGGUGCCCUUUGCCAGCCACACGAGCCAGGAAACAUCAAUGGACACUGCAGAGAAGCACAAAGAGCUGCAGGGGAUGGAUCAGAGGAGGAAAAUUUGGUCUCCGUCCUUUUUCGGUUGUCCACCAUUGCUUCAGCAACAGUUCCACAAGCCGCACAGAAGACUGGAGCCACUUACAACGUGCAAACGUCCGAUCCGGGUUGGUCUGUCAAAGAGAGCCAAGACCAAACACCUGCACCAUCCCCACCCCUAUAAAUGACCAUCAGAGAUUAAAUGAAGGUGACGUGUGCAUGCAUGUUAUUGAAGCUCUUAAAUGCCUCCUUUGUUGCCAUGUUCAAAAGCUCAGAUGUUGUUUUCUGAUUUUCAGUAUAUUGUGUAUGGUGUUCAUGUGCCUCUGCUCUCCCUCGGUGUUUCUGAGUGAUUGUUGGUCUUAUGCAUUUUAACUACAGCUUUACCUUGAGAGGGUUGUCUCCACAAAAUGGGCUGUGUCAUAUGAUCAUAUUUACAGUACUUGGAUUCUCACAUA